AUGUAAUUAAUUGAUGCCAUUUUUGAGGAUCAAUUCAGACCAACCUUAAUUGAACAUUACAAAUUAAAUAAAAUAGUUAGAAGAGCUGAUCAUCUUUUGAAGGCUCUAUAAUCUGUCAAUCAAAUAUCUCAAGAAGAACAACAAAAGUUUUAUGAUCAUUUAGAGUAACAAUUAAUACAAUCUUCUUCAUUGUAAGCUUUAGCAUUGAUUCACAAUCAAAAUGAAUAAAUUUUAGAUUUACUAUUGGAGUUAUGUUUGACAAAUGAACAUGUAUUAAUUUUACUUUACUUUUCAGCAUACACAAUAAUUAUUUAGGAUUAUCAAUUGGUUUUUGGGGGCUAUCACUUUGACAAAGCGAAAUUACAAGAGCAUGUUUAUCUUCAUCAAAAAUUAAAUGUAUAAUUCUGAAUUGACAAAUGAAAAAGUUUAGAGAUUCAUAUCGUUAUUAUAAGUAUUAUGUUUAAUUUCUAUUUUUAUAGAAAGUUUUUGCAGAACAUCGUUAUGAUUCUCCAUAUGCAUCAUUUUAUUUCAAUUAUAUUGAUAGUGGAUUAGUGGUGGAUACUAGAGAAAUGAAAUGGCUUUUCAGCAAAGGCAUUUCUCUAUAAACAUGGCUCUAUCCCCUAAAAAUCAAGUCUGAAGUUGAAACUAAAAUUAUGUACUUAAUGUCUGAUAAAAAAAAAGGAUGCCAGUUUAUUUUAAAUGGAAACAAAUUAGUUUAUCAAUAUAUAGAUUUGAAUUGUAAAAAUUCAUUUAUUAUAUUCUUAUAGCACCUCAUAAUGAAGUUCCUAUAAGUUUGAUUGAAAUUCCUUAUCAAGAAUGGUCAGCUUUAUGUAUUCAAAUUCAAUUGAGAAAGUUCUUCUUAUAAGAAUCUUAUUAUCUCUAUUUGACUUGUGGAAAUCAAUAACUUAGAGAAAUUAAAAUUGACUUUCCCUAAAUCUCAAAUGAUUCUUCUGUCAUAGAAUUUUAAUUUUUUACUAAUUUUUAUGGUUAUGUCACUUGCCUACUAAUUUAUAAUGAUGGAUUCGAUGGGAAGUAUAAACUACUAUUAUGCAUAUAGUGAUUUAAACUGUGGAGAAAAAAACCUGGGCAUAUAAUCUAAUGAUCACUUAAGAAAUUUACAUAAAUGUCAUGGAAAUAAUAAAUUAAUAUUAUGUUACACUCCACUUAGAGCUAGAGCCAAUUUUAUAACUGAUCCUAUUAAUUAAUUUGAUGGAGCACUCUAAUCAUACAGUGGAUUUUAUUUAAGAAUUACACAGAAAUAACAAUUUUCAUAAUUUUGUAGAAUUGAAAAUUUUGUUCCUCUAUUGCUUUUUUUAAGACUUUAACCUUAUGAUUCUUUGCUGAAUGAAUUAUUAACACUAAUUUGUUAAAUUAUCAAAUCAAGACCAGAAUCAUAAUAGGAUGCAAUUCGAACAGAAUAUUUAAGCUUGAUAGCACUUAAACUUAAUGAUUCUGGGCUUUCCAUGAUCAAUAAUUUAACAAUUGAAUUACUUUCACAAUUGCAUAAUUCAAUUCAAGAUACAAAGUUAAAAGAAUAAUUCAUUUGUAAUCUGUUGUGGAGAGUUUAAAUCUAUAAAUUAGAUGAUUUUUCAAUAAUUGAAGGCUACUUAAAAUUUAUCCGGAUGAUCUAUAAUAGUAAUCCUGAAUUUUACAUAUCAAUUUUUGGUAUAAGUAAAAUAUUAGAAAUCUUGAUUUAUGAUAUUGAUCCAAAGAAUAGAUUGUGUUGUGAAGAACAUGCUAAUCAAAUGGGCUAUACAAAUUUUUAGUUACCAACUAUACCUUAUUCCUAAUUAAUAGAUUCUUAUCUAAGUAUGUAAUUAAUAAAAAUUAUUAGAUAUAAUUGAUGCCAUCCUUCAUAAUAAAUUAUUUUAAUCAUAAUCUAAAAUAGAAAAAUAAAAUAUUAUUGACAUUGCAAGAGUCUUCACUUUAAAAUGUUCUCCUUGCUUUUACUAAUUAUUACUGAAAAAGCUUUAAGGGUUAUUUCAAUAUGAGAAUAAGAGCAAUAAUCCUAUAUCUUAGAUAUUAGUCUAAGAGGAAGUAAUGCAAAUGUUAUUGAAUUUAUUAACAACUUGUUCAUGUCCAGAUGUGAAAACUAGUUGUAUAAAAUUAAUAGCAGAGAGCAUUCGAAUAAAUCAAUCUGCAAAUGAGAAAGAAAUAGCAAAUUGGAUUGCACAUACUCUAGGAAAUAGUGCUGCAGUAGAAGUAUUAGAUACAUAUUCAGAUGAUGAAGAUGAAGAUAUUUAACCUAGAAAACCUUUAAUAAAUCAGGCUUUGGUAUUUCAUUAAUAAGAAGAAUAACAAAGUUCAAUAGAGGAGAAAUAAAAGUAGCCUGUGAUUUAAAAAAAAAAGAUUGUCUAACCAAAUAGAAGAAUUAUUGAUUAUGAACCUUUAUACGUUGCAAUCAUGGAAUGGAUGCUAAGAACAAGAGUAGGAAAAACUAAUUCAGAUACACUUCUUUUAGAUGAGAAUUUUAUUAUUAAAUCUGAUGGUGGAUUAUCUUUAUUGAUUAGUUAUUUCCAAUAUUGUGUAGAUUCUGUUAAAGGCCGUAUUAUGUAAGAUUUAUGCAUGUUAAUUAAAUGGAAUCAGACUAGUGCCAUGUUUCUAUUAAAUAAUGAAGAGUUUCAUUGGUGGAUCUUAGAAACUCUUUUAGAAAUCUAACAUCAAUAUAAUAUAAGGGAACUUUCUUAAUUUGAAUUCUGGGUAUGGGACAGUGGUUUAAAAUUAUAUUGUAAUGUUAUCAAGGCCGCUAUUCAAAAUGAAAAAAAUGGAUUUCUUAGAUUAUUACAUUUACAAAGUUACUGUAGAGUUUUGGAAGAACUAAAUAAUGACACGACUAAUUAAUAGGCAACUUAAUUAUUAAUUAGAUUGAUAUAUAAACAAUUAUUAUCUAAUUUAUCGUAAGUAUCAUUUAUUAUCAUUUUUUAGUGAUUGCUUUAAGUUUGAAUUGUUCUCAACUUUUUGGGUGAAUUUAUAUUCUAUUAUUUUUGAAACAUUUAGACUUGUGACAGCUGAUCCUAGAACCAUGGAAAAUGAACAUUAUUAUUAAUUCCAUAAAUUCUAACCUAUUUCCUUUAAAUUAACUAUUUCCUAAUAGGAAAUGCCUAAAAGUAAAGUUUUUAAUUAUAUAAUAAGAAUGGAAACAAUAAUUUGGAAUCAUUUAAUGGGUUGAUCAUAUUUUAGUUGUCAAUAUUUGUGAUAUAGUAAAUUAAUUUUGUUCCAAAUUUUCAACUUAAAUUAUUAGUUUUUUGGAAGAUUAUUAGAUUGUUUAAAAAGGACUAUUAAGUAUUUUAGAAUAGAAAAAUCUUACAGAAUCAUAAAAAACAUUUGCUGCAAUGAUGUUUGAAUUUGAAAUUGGGUUAGAAUAAAAUUAAACUCCUAUAUUUAUUUAAGUUUGUUAACUUUUUCUACAAUUAAAUGCUGAAUAUUUUGCAUUUAAUGUGUAGAGUAGGGAAAAUAUCAAGUAAUUACAAUUUAUAUUGAACACAAUGGAUAAAAUGAUUCGAACACUCAUUAUAGCAUCUGAGACUUUGAGAGAUAAGGAAAUUGAAGAAAUUUAAGACAAGAUUGUAUAUUAAAUUAUUGGAUCACAUUUCAUUUUUCUUUAUUAAAUGGAGGAUAAAAUUUAAGAAAUUAAUUAUGAUAUGGAAAUCAAAUAGGAAUUAUUGUAAAUUGUAAGGAAUUGUUUAUUCUAUUCUUUUAAAUUUUUAAUUAUAUAUGUUGAUUCUUUUACUUAAAUUUUAAAUAAAAAUGAAUCCUUUUAAGUACUCAUUUUUGAAGGAUAUAAAUCACACAAAUUAUUUUUAAUAAAAAUGUUAAAUGAUUUAAUUAAAAAAGAUGGUACUCAUAUAUUUGAUGUUUAUGAAACAAAAUCAUUAAAAUUAAAUAAUAAGCUUAUAAUGGAGAGGAUGAUAUCUGCAAAAUAAGUUUUUAUAGAAAAUCAAUCUUUAUAGUAAAAAAUUAAGGAUUCCUUUUUUAUGAAUGAAGAAUAUUAUAUAAAAACCAAAUGUGAUUUUGAAGAAUCUUAUAGAAUUUUUGCAUAAAAAAAGAAGACAUUAUAGGAUAAAUUGUAAUAUUAACGUCAGGGUAUUGAGGAACUUUUAUUUUCAUAGAUGUAAAUAAUUAAUAUAAUUAAAAUUAGGAUAUCAUCUUCAUCAACAUAUUCUUAUGAUUAAAAAAUAUAGAGAAUAGACUCUGAGUAAAUUUACAUGAGACAAGCCAGAUAUAUGUUUAAAAAGUCAUUUAAUAGAGUUCGAGUAUUCAAUUAAUGGUGGGCACAUCCUGAUUUUAAGGCAUAAAUUGAUAAACCUUUUGAUUCAAUAGAUAUGCAUUAUGAAAAUAUCAUAUAAAAUUAGAUGUAAAAAAGUAAUUAAUUUAGAUUUACAUGGAAGAUGUGGAAAUAUGAAACUAAAUAAAAAUCAAGACCAUUACUCAAAGCAAAGUUAUAUGAUUAUCCUUAAAUGGAUAACAUAAUGCAAUCCUAACAAUAAAGCACAAGAAUAAUGAAUUUGGCAGAUUACGAUAAGAAAUAGCCAGAAAGAUAGAGAAAGAAAAUACACGAAAUAAUAUUUGAUACAAUAAUACCAUUUUAUUUUUAAUAGAAUGAGAAAGAUGAAGUGAUUAUACAUAGAGUUUAAUGGAUUAAGACAUUAACAGUGAGAAUAGGAUCUCUUCGAAUAAGUGAUACUCAUUUGAUUUUCUAUUUUGAAUCAAUUACAUAAAAAGAAACUCAUUAAAGUUUGAUCAAAUUUAGAGUUCCUGAAGAUUCAUAAUUAGUGAAAUAAUGGGAUUUAGAUCAAAUUUAUGAUAUAUAAUUUCGUAGAUAUAUAGGAAGAUGGACAUCUUUGGAGUUGACUUUGUUAGAAGGUAGCACUCUUGUAUUUAAUUUUUAAAGUGGGGAUCAUUAAAAGGUUAUUGAAAAAUUGAUUUCUUUAAAGAAACAUCGAACAAUAAAUAUAAAACCAAGAAUUUUAUCUGGAAAAUUAGAUUCUAUGAGUGUUAUGUUAGAAAGUAAGGCUAUGAAUAAAUGGUAUAAUUAUAAGAUUACAACAUUUGAGUACUUAAUGAAAGUGAAUAAGAUAUCUGGAAGAAGUAAUAAGGAUUUAACUCAAUAUCCUGUAUUUCCAUGGAUAAUGAAUGAUGGCGAAUAAUUGCAUAAAUAUCGUGAUCUUACUAAGAGUAUGGGAGCAUUGGGUAGUAAAGAUAGAAUUGAAGUUUUUGAAUAGAGAUAUAAUAUGAUAGAUCACUUUAAUAAGGUUCCAUAAUUUCACUAUGGAAGUCAUUAUUCUAGUCCAGCAAUCAUAUUUCAUUAUUUAAUAAGAUUGAAACCUUUUUCAGAUGGUGCUAAAGAAUUAUAAUCAGGAAAGUUUGAUUUAGCUGAUCGAUUAUUUUUUUCAUUUGUUGAAACUUAUAGAAAUGCAGUUGAAGAAUUAAGUGAUGUCAGAGAAUUAAUACCUGAAUUCUUUUAUUUACCUGAGAUGUUUUUAAAUUUAUCUAAAUAUGAUUAUGGAUUACAGUAAACCGGAUAAAGAGUAAAUAAUGUAGAUUUGCCUAUUUGGACUAAAUAAAAUCCAUAUUUAUUUAUUUGUGCUCAUAGAAUGGAAUUAGAAAGUGAUUAUGUUUCAUAAAAUAUUUGUCAUUGGAUUGAUUUAAUAUUUGGAUAUAAAUAAAAAGGAGAAGAAGCAGUUAAAGCAUUGAAUACAUUUUAUUAUUUGACUUAUGAAAAUUCUAUUGAUUGGGAUUCAAUUAAAAAUGAAAAAUAAAAAAUUUCAUUAGAAUCAUAAGCAAUACAUUUUGGUUAAUGUCCAAGUUAGAUUUGGGAUAGACCUCAUAUAACUAGAGGAAAAUAAAAAGUUGUGUUUAGAGUUGUAGAUGAAAAGAUUGAUAAAAGAAUCUUAAGAUAAAAAUAAAAUAAUCCAUAGACAUAAUCACCAAAUUAUUAAAGAUCUAAAGCUAUUAUAAGAAUAUAAUUCUUAAGUGAUAAUAAAUUUUGGUUGAUUCGUAGAAAUGGAGAAUGUGCUACUAUUAAAUUAGAAUUAAAAGAUAAUAAAUUUGAUAUAAAUAAUUAAAAAGAAUAGCCAAUUAAUUUUGGUAAAUUUGUUGAAGAGAAUUAAAAUCUCUUUGAUUGGACUUGCAAUUAUGAUGAAUUACCAAUACUAUAUAGAGGGAAAUAAGUUUUAGUAGGAGGAAUUUGGGAUGGAAGAAUGUUAAUAUAUAAUAAUGGUUUAAUUUCUGAAUAAAGAUUUGAAUAAGAACAUACUAUAACAGUUAUGAGAUUUGAUUAUAAAAUGAGAAUAUUAGCUACUGGUAGUAAAGAUGGUACUCUCAUAAUUUACAAAGUUUUAAAUAAUACAUAUAUUCCUAUUAGUAAGCAUCAUCAUCAUGAAUAAUCAAUAACAGACAUUUUUAUAUGUAAUGAUUUAAAAGUUGUAUUAACUUGUUCAAGUGACAGUUGGAUUCAUAUGUAUAAUUAAUGGUCAGGUAAAUAUUUAAGAAGUUACAGACAUCCUAAAAGAUUACCUAUAAGCAAAGUUUGUAGUUAUUGCACACCUUUAUAUGGGAUAGCAUUUUAUGAAAACAAAAACAUUUAUUCAUAUAGCAUUAAUGGAUAAUUCUUAGCUCAUUAUGAAUUAAAAUAAUAUAUUGUUAAUUAAGGACAUCUAAAAGUUGUUAAAGAUUCUAAACUAACUGAUAUUAUAGUAUAUAUAAUUUAUAUUUAUAUAGGUUUUACCAUUAUGUAUGGAAAAGAAAAUUUUAAUGUUAACAACUCCUUUUCUCUAAAAAAGAAACGAAAUUCAAUUAACUGAUUGUUAACAAUCUAUGAAUGAUAUAAGUUCCUUUGCUUUAUCACCUGACAGAACAAUUCUAGCAUUUGGAACUUCUGAUGGAGAAUUUGGAUUGGUAGUAGAUUAGAAAAUCUUUUCACAAGAUUGA